GUUUUCAAAAUUAUCUAAACAUCAACUAUUUUUCAAUAGGCAAAUUUAAUAAAAACCUCUUUUAGUUUAUCUUGACCACUGUUCAUUUUUAUUUCCACACAGGUGGUAAUCUCAAUUCUUGAGACCUGUCCCGCUAGAGCUUUGAAUCAGAACUGAUGUUGCGAAUUUUCUCGGUGGUGCAAUGCUCCCAGAGUCGCAGUUGAGAUCGAAAUCUCUCCUCCUCGAGUUUGAUUUAAUUAUACGUGUAGUGUGUGUCCGCCUGGCGAUCGAAAGCAAACGAAACGCGUUUCCGUGCGCGUAAAUUCGAUUUAUGGCCUGCGCUUCGAGCCGGGCCCAAAAACUACCUGUCUGCGUGGUGGCUUACCUGAGAUUGCUCGCAAGACGAUCGGGGGCUGGUUUCUGAUCAGGCCCGGCCAGUGGCCAAGGCAAAAACUGCACUCGUCGGCACAUUCCUGGCCAAAAUUGCAACUUUCAGCGUCGAAGUUGUCGUCUCGUGUUUGAAGAGUUUUUUGUCGCAAAAUUAGUUGCACUUUCGCAAGGUUGUCUAGGUCGGCUAGAACUGAAAUUGAUCAAUUUCGACCUUGCAUUACCUUUGGCCAAUUAUGCGACAUGCGAGGGUCAUUAGCCCAUUAAGUGGGAGCUAUAUAUAAAGCAGGCUGGGGCACCCUUUGCAACGAAUCUGUAAAAAUGGGCUUCCAUGUGGGACGACAACUGCUGCUCGCCGGAUUCCUGCUGGUUCUGCUGGAGUUUGCACCACGUUCGGAGGCCAGGCCACAGGUGAUCACUGUGGUGAAGGAGGAAACGGAGGUGAUCAAGCAGGAAGGCGACGGUGACGACGACGAUGACUCCUCCUCCGAAGAGACUGUGGAGGACUCUGGGGAGAACCGAAGGCGUCGCCGCGAAGUGAACACGGACAGCACCCUUUCCGCCCGAGCGGGUAUACCAGGCGAGCAAAUAGUUCCCAUUCUCGUCGAUGCAGUGCUCCCAAGUGCAGUGGCCGAUCGCCUGUCCAGAUCCGCUGAAGCUGACCAGGAAGGACCCACCACCACCGAGAAGACCGAAUAGAUCAGAUCGGAGUUGGCUUGACUUUGAUACCACUAAUAUGAAUGUCUCCUGAGAGUCUACAAUACUUAAUACUUAUUUUUCUUGCAUUCGUUGUUUUUAAGAGCAGAAUUUUCACGAAACGAACAUCCAGCACUGCAAUCCAUAAAAUAUAUGAAUACAAAAAAGUAUGAUAUGGAAUUAAUAUAAUAU